AUUUGUAAAUGCGUUUGGCGGACUGUGGGGUGUUGUACUGCCUUGUUUUACCAGCAGUGGACAGCAGCAAGCAGCAACAGUCUCUCCAGAGGUGGAUGUGGAUGUGGAUGAGUGUGGGAUUGAAUCAGGGCGAGCUGGGCUGCCACUGUCAUAGAGAACAGCACAGAACUAAUACAAUAGCGAAACAUGGCUACUGAGACGAUAUCAGCCUGCACCGGAUCCAACUUACUGCAGCCAAUAAGCGAGAUAACCAACCUUCCGUUAGAUCAGGUGAACUUUGUAGUAUGUCAGCUCUGUGCCCUGCUCACGGCCGUGUGGUUCAGGCUCUAUCUGCACCCCAGCAAGACCAGUCCUUUUGUGCGGCAUGUGGUGGCCACAUUGCUGGGCAUCUACUUUGCCCUCUUCUGCUUUGGCUGCUCAGUGCAACAAUACUGUUUGGUGGUCGCCCUGGGUUAUCUAAGCUUCUGCCAAAUUACCCGGGUUUACGUCUUUGAUUACGGAAUGUACUCUGCAGAUUUCACGGGGCCGAUGAUGGUCAUCACACAGAAGAUAACCAGUGUGGCUUUUGAGAUCCAUGAUGGAAUGGCAAGGAAAGAAGAUCAACUAAACCAAAGUCAAAAACUGUUGGCCAUAAGACGAAUGCCCAGUUUAUUGGAGUACUUCAGUUACAACUGUAAUUUCAUGGGGAUUUUGGCUGGUCCCACCUGCUCUUAUAACGAUUACAUAGCCUUCAUCGAGGGCACCCCCUAUCGCCACAGAGACCUUGAGACCAAAGGAAAAGUCAAUGUGAAGAGCAGACUGAACGACCCUUCACCAAAUACAGAGGUCAUCCGGAAACUGGCCACCUGCUUCAUCUCUCUGCUGGUCUUUCUCUCCGUCUGCAAAGUCUGUCCUGUGGAGCGUAACGUUGAUGAUGAUUUUAUUGCCACCACGCCCUUCUAUGCUCAGGUGGUCUACCUGUAUUUGUCCAUGCUGACCACCCGGCCUAAAUACUACUUUGUUUGGACUUUGGCUGAUGCCAUCAAUAACGCAGCAGGAUUUGGAUUUAAUGGCUACGACAGUAAUGGUUUGCCUCGAUGGGAUCUCAUUUCCAACCUCAGGAUCAUGAAUAUAGAGCUUGCCACCAGCUUUAAGGUAUUCCUGGAUAACUGGAACAUUCAAACAGCACAUUGGCUUAAAAGGGUGUGUUAUGAACGUUGUCCCUACAACCGCACUGCUGCAACCUUCCUGCUGUCAGCCAUGUGGCACGGGGCUUACCCAGGCUAUUACCUCACCUUCCUCACUGGCAUCGUCAUCACUCUUGCUGCCAGAGCUGUGAGACACAAUGUAAGACCGUACUUCUUGGGUUCUCCAACUUAUAAGUUUGUGUAUGAUGUCAUCACAUGGGCGGCUACACAGAUUGCCAUUUGUUACACAGUGGUUCCCUUCGUUCUGCUUUCUGUGGGUCCCUCGCUCAAGUUCUACAGGUCAUGGUACUUCUGCAUUCACAUAGGCUGUAUACUGCUGGCCAUCGCGUUGCCUGUGAAACCACGCCAUCUGCGGCUGAAAGAGCAACAGUCUGCUGUACGGCCAAGUCUGGAGAGCACAGACAGCAACAGCAACCAGAAACAAAAAGCCACAUGAGUCCCGGAACACCUUACCAAUCUUCUAUACACACACAGACUGGGCAAAUGUACCUAUUCUCCAGCCACAAAUGAAGAGAGUCAGAUAAACUAAAGCUCACAAAUAAACCAACCAACCAGCCUCUGUCUGGACUGAUAGAGUAAGUCAUCCCUUGGCUCAGUAUAGUGUACUGGGAUUGGACAGUGAUUUGAGAUGAUGGAAUCAAAUCUGACUGGUGUAAGAGGAGUUGUAUUGCCAAGAAAACACUGUUGUAUAGAAUUAUGUGACCUUGCCUUUGUAAUUCAACUUGUCACAGCAAGUAUUAGUGUCCUAAUCUGGUGGUCUUGCAUUGGGCUUGUAAAUAGGAUUUUCUUGCCAGGGACAAGGCCAAUACCACUUGCAGAAAGCUGGCAACAUUAUAUUUGAAAGCAAAGAUUUUUAAUGUGGUAGGGGUAAAAAUAAAUAUGACUAACUAAACUAAAAUCUAAUAAAG